GCAGUAAAUUUUCACCGAUGGCGUCCGAAAACAACACGGGCUCAACGGAAACAGCGGAGUUGCCGGGACGAUGCGACGGCAGCCAGAACAAGGAGGGCCGCUACGCGGACAAGGAGAGCGGGGAGACGGAACCCAAGAUCCCCAAAACAGGAUGCGCCGAGGGAGACCGGAACGGCGCAGCCCUCCCCACCUGCCUCCAGGAGGACGGUGAUGCAGCGUCUCUGGCGGACGUCAUAGAGGACCCCGUGCCACUGGUGAUCAUCUUCAACAAGAAGAAGCACGACGUCAGCUUGCCACUCUCGGCAAAGAUGGCUGCCCUACGGCAGGAGAUCCAGCGGUUGACGGGUGUGCCUCCUGCCAUGCAGAAGCUCAUCUACAAAGGUGCCCCCAAACUGGACGAUGCCAAGACGUUGCGAGAGCUGGGCCUGUCGAGCGGCUCCAAGCUGAUGCUGGUGGGCUCUACCCUCGACGACGUGCUCAACCUCGAAGUCCCGCCGCCUGAGCAACUCAAGGACGACAAACCGCAGGCCACCAAGGAGCCAAUAUGCAAGCAAAAGCUUCAUCAAAAGGUCUUGGACAAGGGCGUCCCAGAAGAUGCAAUCCCGGGCAUUCGCAACGCCAAGGACAGUCUCCCAGACGUUCCGCUCUCUGGGAUGGUGAACAAGUCGGGGGGCAAAGUCAGACUCACGUUCAAGCUGGAACUGGAUCAGAUCUGGAUCGGCACAAAAGAGCGGACGGAAAAGAUCAACAUGAGCUCAAUCAAGCAGGUGAUCAGCGAAGCCAUUGAGGGUCACGAGGAGUACCACAUAAUGGCCUUGCAGCUGGGCACCACAGAAGCCUCCCGGUACUGGAUCUACUGGGUUCCCGCUCAGUACGUCGACGCCAUCAGGGACACCAUCCUAGGGAAAUAGCAGCUACCCCAAGUUAACUUAAGACACGAAAACAAGAUUUUUUGUUGGUUUGUUUGUUUCUGUAAUUAACGGGAAGAGAGGGGACACCCCUCAACCGGAGUCUGGGGGAAGAGGUAUUUUUGCAAUUUUACAUCGAGCGGCAACGACAUUUCCUCGCUCGCCGACGCCCUGCUCCAGUGCUGCCACCGCGUUUCGUCGGGGCGCCGGGGGAGGGUGGGGCGACGGAAAUUAAAAAACCAAUCUGCCAAACUCUGUGACAUUCUCAAA